CUGUCAUCCCCCCCCCCCCCCCCUUAUGAGUGACACACGUGGCCAUGCGGGCUGGUGGCCGUGUUUGGGGUUGGGGUGGUGUGAUAAGUGCGAGGUGUUCUCAGUGAGGAUGCCAUUAAAGUCCGUCCGUCCGUCCGUGGCUGUGUGUCCUUGUGCCCGCGCUGUCCCCGAGGAGCCCAGCGGGGGCUGCUCGCCUUGCAGGGGUCGGGCCGGUGCAUCAGCCCCGGUGCCGCUCUUCGCUCUGCUGCGGGGAGGGCUGUGCGCCCGGCGGUGCUCAGAGGCGAUGUGCGGGGAGCAGAGGGCACUGCUGAGCUGGCAGCGAGGUGAGACGGGCAACGAGGAAGGAGAAGAGAAGAAACCUGACCCGGGGGUGGGGGGGAAAAAAAAAAAAAAAAAACGACAGCACCAAAGCACGGCACCUCGGCACCGUCACCGGGGCCGCGCCGCGGGACGCAUCCGGGCGCAGCUGGGGCGGGCACGGAGCGCACUGGUAGCGGUUUUGGCUGCCCAUGGUGGUCGCGGGUGUCCCAAGCGCCCGGCCACGUUGUGGGACCCAGCGCGGCCAUGUAGAGCAGAUGGGGACGGGAUGAGCCCCGCGCUCCGCCUGCUGCUGUCCCUGGCCGGCUGCACCCUGCUGCGGGGCACACCGCUGCCCCCCCGGGGAGUGCGGCUGCGGGCUCAGAACUUCCACGUGCAGCUGCGGUGGGAGCCGGACCCGCGCGCGCCCAACGGGACCACGUACCAGGUGGAGUGGAGGAAGAGAACCUCUCGCUGGACCAGGGCAGACACCUGUGGGGGGAACAGCAGCGGCUCAUCCUGGGUGUGCGAGCUGCACUGCGACGACAUCCAUGGAAUCUACUGGGCGAGGGUGAGAGCGGUGCAGGAUGGCGAGCCCUCCCCGUGGGUCAGUUCCAGCGAGCUGCUGCCGUACAGAGACACAAUUGUGGGUCCUCCCACCCUGUCCUGGCAGCUCCAGGGCCAUAACCUCAGCAUCAACCUCAGCGCGCCGCUCACCCCCUACCGGAGCAGGCACGGAUCCUACAAACCGCUCAGCAGAGUGCUGCGGAAACUGCGGUACCACCUGCGCCUGUACCACAGGGGCGUGCUCCAGCAGGAGGUGCCCUGCCGAUGGACCACCAGGAGAGCAUCGUGCACCUUCAGGUUCCUGAUGCCCAGCACGCAGUACUGUGUCCGCACGGUGGCAGUGGACAUAGCCCCGCAGCGGAGCCAGGAGGCUGAGCAGUGCCUGGAGACACCGGCAGGUCCUGCAGGCUUCCCCUGGGUGCUCCUGGCCGUGCUGGUUGCUGCCCUCCCGCUGCUGAGCGUGCCUGCGGUCUGCCUGACCUGUGUGUAUGCCUUCCCGAAGCCCUCGGAGACGCACCUCCCAAAAACGCUGGCUCUGCUGCCCGGCAGCGCUGUGGUGCCCACCCUGGAGCUGCAGGAGGAUGCACCAGCCCCACUACUGCCAGCCCCCAAUGAGCCCCCAGUGCCCACAGCUCCAAAGCUGCUGGGGGAGCAGCACUACCAGGAGAGGAGCGGUUACUGCCCCAAUGGGUUUGGGACAGAGUGGCACGAGGGCAGAGCUGCACCCAGCUCCCAGCCGGGCUCCUGGGUGCCAGCACAGCAAGAGGAUGAGGAGGAUGAAAGCGAUGGGGAUGCUGCGACGGUGUCCCCAGUCAGCAGCGUGAUGGAUGGGGACUAUGGGACAUCGGAGGCCUGGCUCUCCCCGCACCUCCAGCUUUAUUCCACGGCUCUGGGGGUGGGCAGCAGCCUUCCUCCCACCCUGCACACCGUCAGCAUCAGCCCUGGAGAGCUGCAGGAGAGCAUGGCCAGGUCCUGGGUACCGCUGAGCUCCGUGAGGUUACCGGGGACCGAGCUGGAGAUGGGUGACGGUGACACGCAGCAGCAGGGCUGUCCCUGCACGCUGCCCCCGCUGCUCAUCUGGCACAUGGGCACACCCCAUGGGCAGGAGGCAGCAGCAUCCUCAGAGCAUCCCUCUGCCGUGCUGGGUGCUCCUGAAGCAGAGUACGAGGAGUAGGUGCCCCCCCCCCCAUCUUUAUUUAUCCCCCCCACGGGUGUGUAUAUACCUGUGUGAAUAGCGUAUGGGCUGUCGCAAAUCUGGGUGCGUGCACACGCAGGCAUCUCUCUGUUAGAGACUUCUUUUAAUUUGCCAGGACUGUGCACGGUUGUUAUCAUUUUUUAAAUAACACUAAUUUAUUCUGGAAA